AUGACAUCUUUCUUUUUUUCUCUAUUCGCUUAUUUCUUUCACUGUUUCCUUUCUAUCCUUUCUUUUUUUUCUUUUUCUUCAAUUCUUUUAUUUCUUUCUUUAGUUUUCUCACUAUUUUUCCUUACUCUCAAUUUCACACACAGCACCCGCUUCAGUAUAUUCCUUUCUUCCCGUUCUUCCCUUUCUUCUUCGUUUUCCAGUAGUUGUUAUGGUGGCUGUCCUCUGGAGAGUAAUAAUAGUAGCAGAAGCAGCAGCAGUCAUGUCGAAAUAGUCCCAAUCAGGGAAAUACGAUGCAGCAAGAUUCUAUGUUGGAGUAACCGGCUCUCCCCUCCCACCCUCUCCCGACAACAAGUUCACUGUAUCUCGAUUUGUGAAGAUGAGACGGAUAUCAGGAGCGCAACACGAAAUUCCUCACGCAUGUUUGACAAUAAAAUCUAUCUAUCUCUCUAUCUAUCUAUCUAUCUAUCUAUCUAUCUAUCUAUCUAUCUAUCUAUCGAUCGAUCUCAUAUUUUUUUUCUUUCUAUCUAUCUAUCUAUCUAUCUAUCUAUCUAUCUAUCUAUCUAUCUGUAUGGUCCCAGAUUUUCCUUCGAUCCAUCCUUACCCAUAAUCAUUUCUCGUUAUGCCCUGAUUAUCUCCCUUUGUUCUUGUUUUUCGCUUCAUUAUUUUUUCCUAAAUUCUUUAUUUACUUCCUUUACAACCCAUAUCUAUUCAAUCGUUUUUUCGCAUUUACUCUUCUAA